UGGGAAAAGGCUUCAGAGUCCAGGUUUGUAUUUAUCAGUUUAUUUGGGAAUUGGUGAAAGCAUCUUAAUGUCCCUGAGUUUCUUCCAUGAUAUGAAGGUAACAAAAGCAAGCAACUCACAGAUAAUUUAGUUAGAGAUGCUAGGAUGUAUAGUGCUUUGGGUUCAGCAAAUGGUAGUUCUGAAUGCCCGUGUGCUACUUAGCAAGGAUGGAGAUAACGUGAACCUCACCUCCCAGACCAGCAUACACCACUUUGCUUUUGUUCUUAACACCUCUGCCUGCUUGUUCUCCCUUCUCAGAUGGACUGAGGGGUAGGGAAGAGUUAAGGGAGAUUGAGGAGGGAGAGUCUAGGGAUCUGAUAAAAUCACAUCAACUGAAUAGAAUAUGACCACAUCGUUGUGACUAUAUCAUUGAAGGCUACACGUGUUACUCUUUCUACAAUUUUCCUAUAUCUGUUUUCUCUUUCUAGAAAGAGGGGUAUCAUGGACCAAAACAACCAGUCCACUGUCACAGAAUUCCUUCUCUUGGGUCUCUCUGAGAGACCAGAGCGGCAGUAUCUCCUAUUCAACAUCUUCCUGGGCAUGUACCUGGCCACCAUGUUGGGGAAUCUGCUCAUCAUCCUGGCCAUUGGCUCUGACCCACACCUCCACACCCCCAUGUACUUCUUCCUGGCCAACCUCUCUUUGGCCGAUGCCUGCUUUUCUUCCACCACUGUCCCCAAGAUGCUGGUGAACAUCCAGACACACAGUCAGACCAUCUCAUAUGAGGGGUGUUUAUCCCAGAUGCACUUGUUCAUGACAUUCGGGGCACUGGAUGACUUCCUCUUGGGGGUGAUGGCCUAUGACCGCUAUGCAGCCAUCUGCAGACCUCUGCACUACUCCACACUCAUGAGUCCUCUUGUGUGCAUGCUCCUUCUUGCAGCAUGCUGGGUUCUCACCAGCCUCGCUGCCCUCUUACACACCCUGCUCAUGGCUAAACUUUCUUUCUGUGCUGGCAACACCAUCCAUCACUUCUUCUGUGAUGUGGUCCCUCUGCUGCAGCUCUCCUGCUCAGACACCAGCACCAAUCAAGUAGCCCUGUUCACAGUGGGCUCCAUGAUACUCACUGGUCCCCUCUCCCUGAUCAUCCUGUCAUAUGCACGUAUCAUCCCCACCAUCCUUGGGGUCCCAUCUGCCUCGGGCAGGCAAAAGGCCUUCUCCACCUGUGGGUCUCACCUCACUGUGGUCUUCCUGUUUUAUGGCACAGCAAUUAGUGUCUAUCUGGAGCCCCCUUCAUCACGCUCAGGUGGUAAGGACAGGGUUGCAGCUAUGUUUUAUACUGUAGUGACUCCGAUGCUAAACCCCUUCAUUUACAGCCUCAGGAACAAUGAUGUGAAGAUGGCACUGAAAAGGCUUUUGGGAAUUCACACACGCUCUUCCGAGGGACUUUAAUCCUACAUCCAUAUAUUGAAGUGACACUCCGGAGAACCCAUGUGUUUAUGAAGCAAUAUCAUC